AUGACGAUUUCGCGUGCUGCUCUAGCCGCCGCUCUCCUUGCGUGCUUCGCCGCGCUUCUCGCUCCGCCCGGGGCGCUUGUUUCCGCGCAAAACGCUUUCCUCAUAGCGAAAGCCAAGACGCUUCGCGCCGCGGCAAAUCAAACCGCGGCGGACCUGAAAGCGGCGCAAGCGGACGCCGCCAAACAGGCGGCUGAAGUCGCCGCCGCCAACCAAACUCUGUCCGAUCUGCAGGGCCCGGACCCGGCUCUCAACGACCGCAUUGCAAUGAUCGCCGAAAUGAAUAACAGCGUCGCCGAUGCGCAGUACGACCUCGAGAUCGCAAACAAGAUUCUCGUUCUCCGGAUCGCGGAUCUCGCGGCGUUUCAGGCCGACCCGUCCACGCACCCGCAAAUCCCGGCGGCGCAGAAGGCGGUCAACGACGCGACGCGGCGCGCGCGCAUGACGUCAAUGCUGCUAGAGGAAUGGCAACUCGUCGUGCAAGAGGCCGCGGACGCGGAACGCGACGCGCAGAGGGCGGUAAACAAAAAUACGACUUCGCUGGUGGCGCAGGCUACGCUCGUGGAAGCGCAAUUUUAUCGCCAAUCUGUGGAAGACGUGCUCCCCGAUAUCGUGGCGCAAGAUCAGCGCGCGCAAGCGCGUCUGGAUCGCGUUCAGAAGGAACUGCUCACUCUGCUUUCGCAGGGUCCGCAGUCAGAGAGCAUUUUCCAAAUGGCGGUGGAUGACGCACGAGGCGCGGUUAACGCCACACGCCUGGUGUACGAUAACGCUGUUGCGGCAGUCGCUGACGCGCAGCUGGCGCUUGCGGACUACCUGGCGAGCAAGGAAAACGCGAUUACUGACACGAAGGCGCGCUUGGCGAAGGCGAAGCAGAGCCAGGCUGUCGCUGACAAGAAGGUGCUUCAGCUCACGGAUAAGCUCAAGGCUGCGCUGGUGCAAGCUGACAAUGCGGAAAAGGCUGCUGGAAUCUACAAGCCUCCAGCAACCACUAGCAAGACUGCCUAA